AUGGCGGCUCCCUUGCACAACGGUCGCUCCAACGGCCCAGCCCUGUCGCCAAAUGAUGAAACCCGGGGCCCAGGGUACCCAGAGGUUUCCUGGACUAACACAGCCUACUAUCCCACUCCGGCGACAUCGGUCGGACAACACUGGCUACACCAUGCGCCAAAUAGCAAUUCAAACACGGGUAUAUCUCCUAUCUCAGCAUCUCCUUGCUCCAACCCAGCAGUCACACCACCUUCCUCUUUCCAUCAUCCCAAUUGUAUCCCCUGGCCGAUCGGCAGUCCAAAUGGUUACAUUCUACCAGAUGCGCACAACGCAGCCUGUCAUCCCAGUACUCCCAAGAGUACCCCAAUGGCGAGGAUCUCAUCCUUCAACUCCUCGCCAGAAGAACCUCUCGACAUAGCGAGCUACGAAAAUACAUGUGCACAUAGCACAGGGGUUCAACCCCGCCAAGCGGCGAGCAUCGAGUAUGUGUUUACGGUUAUAUCUCAUUACUAA